AUGCCGAUGAACUUUGUAACUUAUCUCACUCAACUCAAUGAUGCACUAGCAGCCGAAAAUGGACAAAAUAUCGCCUAUCUACUUCGUCCGACAAGUCCCCACUCGAAAGAUUUACUCAAGGAAUAUAAGCUGAAUCCAACGCGCGAAAAACUCAGCUACUACAAAUUGACUAUACAGGAGCCUUGGGAUGAGAUAGCUAUCCAAUAUGUUCUUACCUGUUCUCAUGUUGCACGCCGUCGAUCUAUUGACGCGUUCAAAGAGCACACACAAUUAGUUUCACACUUUUACAACUUCUUCGGCCAAAAUUCUGGAUGGACACUUCCAGUGUUGUUUUCUAUUCUACGAGACCUUCGAGACCUCGCAUUUGACGCAGACUUCCACGCAAGAUUCAACGGAUUGAAAAGUGACAGUAUGGAGGAGUCGGCGAGAACUAUCACAAAAGCUUUCACGUUAUGUUUGCAGGAUAGGACUUCGCCUCCAGAUCAAUCAAGAAAGUGGGGUGUUUACUACGUGGUUGGUUUGGUGCUGAAGUGUUACUUUCGGGUCCGACGGAUAUCACUCUCGAAAAAUGUCCUCCGCGCCCUCGAAGCGAAUCGUGAUAUACCCGACUUGAGCUAUUAUCCUAAAUCACAUCAGGUUACCUUCCGCUACUACUUGGGAAUGCUCCGUUUCCUAAAUGAGGAAUACGAAAUGGCAGAAGAAGAACUCACUCAUGCGUUCUAUCAGUGUCACGUAGAGGCACAAGCGAAUCAAGAACGAAUUCUCACGUAUUUGCUUCCUCUGCGACUUCUCAAGGGCUACUUACCGUCCGAUCUUCUCCUCAAACGCUUUCCUCACGUGCGAGAGUUGUUCUCACCGUUUGUAGCUGCCAUUCGAGCUGGAGAUAUCGCAGCAUACGACCGAGCGCUAGACACUAGGGAGAAAAAGCUGUUAGAACUCAAUCUCUGGCUGACCUUGGAAAAGGGAAGAGAGAUAUGCCUAAGAGGGCUAUUCCGUAAAGUUUGGAUCGCCUGUGAAAAAGAAACCCGAAUACCCAUCUCCAAGUUUCACGCAUCAUUACGAAUAUGCGGGAUCGAGGUUGAUUCGGAAGAAGUGGAGUGUUUGGUUGCGAACCAAAUAUACAAAGGCUUCAUUCGUGGAUAUAUCAGUCAUGAAAAACAGAUGAUGGUCUUGGCUAACACGAAUGCCUUUCCCAAGCCUGUUGAUCGACCAGCGGCUCUGAAUUUUCUUUGAAGGGCCUGGAACAUGCGAAAGGACUGAUAUCUUGAAUCGACAUCGAUAAUUAACCUCAAAGGACAAUUUCGACCGGUUGACUGACAGAUGAUGAUUGACGGUUGUUCAGGAUCUGGGGGACCGCGAAAAGCUACGUGUAAUAUCGCUCAUGUGGUUCUAGUGUAUGAUUGAUAUGAGAAAUGCGUAAUUUGGUCACUGGA